AUGACACAAGAAUCCUCGCAGGUCGCGCCCCGAUACCUGACCGGCGAUAAGGCCGGUCUCCGCGAGUUCCUGGACAAAUUUGAUGUCUUUCUCUUCGACUGUGAUGGUGUAUUAUGGUCUGGUGAUCAUCUCUUUCCCGGAACAGUGGAGACCUUGGAGCUUCUCCGAAAUAAUGGUGCGCAUCAAAUAAUUCAAUUCGGCAAAAGGCAGAAGUUGAUCAUCCCGACAGGAAAGCAAGUGGUGUUCGUGACGAAUAACAGCACCAAGUCGCGUGCCGACUAUCGCAAGAAGCUCGAAGGCUUGGGAAUUCCCAGCACGGUGGAAGAGAUCUUCUCCUCCUCAUACAGCUCCUCCAUAUACAUUUCUCGCAUCCUCCAGCUCCCCGAAAACAAACGUAAAGUCUACGUGGUUGGUGAGACAGGUAUCGAGCAAGAGCUUCGCUCGGAGGGGGUCACAUUCAUUGGCGGCACAGAUCCCGCAUACCGCCGCGAUGUCACACCAGAGGAUUACAAGAAGAUUGCGGCGGGUGAUGAAUCCAUGCUAGACCCGGAAGUUGGGGUCGUGCUCGUCGGUCUUGACUUCCAUUUCAACUACCUUAAGAUCGCGUUGGCAUAUCACUAUAUCAAGCGUGGAGCGAUCUUCCUCGCCACCAACAUCGACUCUACCUUGCCGAACUCUGGGACUCUGUUCCCUGGCGCUGGCUCCAUGAGUGCGCCGCUGAUAAUGAUGCUGAAUCAGGAGCCCAUCGCACUUGGCAAACCCAGUCAGGCUAUGAUGGAUUCUAUCGAGGGUAAGUUCAAGUUUGAUCGUAGCCGGGCCUGCAUGGUUGGCGAUCGUGCGAAUACGGAUAUUCGCUUUGGCCUUGAGGGGAAGCUUGGUGGUACGCUUGGUGUUUUGACUGGUGUCGCUUCUAAGGAGGACUUUGUUUCUGGUGAUGUCAGGCCUCAUGCGUACUUGGAUAAACUUUCCGAUCUGCUGGCCUCGGAGUAG